CAAGAUCACGCAUUGCUCCCUCCCGUCUCCGAGGCGGGCGCUCGGGCCGGCGGAGAGGGCUGCAGAGGUCAGCACGCGCGAGGGGCCGUGCUGGAGACCGAGCAGCAGUAGGGCCGAGGGGCCAGCCCGCGCCCCCGCGCUGCGGGCCAUGGACGGCUUCACGGAGGCCCUCAACAGGCUGAAGGCUGCCCACGAGCAGGAGGUCCUGGGCCUGCAGAACAAGCUCCUGGAGCUGAACUCGGAUCGAUGCCGGGACGCCCAGAGGGUGGAGGAGCUCUGCGCCAAGAACCACCAGCUCCGGGAGCAGCAGAAGGCCCUGAAGGACAACGUGCGGGUGCUGGAGAACAGGCUGCGGGCUGGCCUGUGCGACCGCUGCACCGUCACGCAGGAGCUGGCCCGGAAGAAGCAGCAGGACUUUGAGAACUCGCUCCUGCAGCACCUGCAGCACAUCUGCCUGCUCACCAGCGAGAUGAACCGGCUGCAGGAGGAGAACGAGACCCUGAGGGAAGAGGUGGCCCGGCUGCGGGGCUCGGGGCCCAAGCCCCCGUGCAGAGAGGGCACCCCAGACACCACCUCGCCCCCGCCGUGCAUCUCCCCAGGCGCCCGCAAGGCCACCGAAGAGAAGCUGCCUGGAGAGGAAGUGGAGGACCACCCCCCAGAGAAGCUGGUGUACCGGGCGUCUCCAGGGGCCAAAAUCUCCCCGAGUGCCAACCCUGCCGAGCCGAGGGCCCCAGACGUGAGUCCCCAGCGGAUCUCCAACCAGCUUCACGGGACCAUCGCCGUGGUGCGGCCGGGCGCCCGGGCCUGCUCCGCCGACCGGGGCUCCGCCAACGGGACGCCCCCCGCCCUCGGCGGCCCACCCAGCCCGCCUUACGAGCGCGGCCUGCCCCUGGACAGCUUCCCGAGGGCCCCCCGGCCCUCCGCCGUGACCUACGAGUCCCUGAAGCACUCCCUCCAGGCUGACCGCCUCUGUCUCCUGAGCCACCGCCUGUCCCUGCACCUGCGGAGCUGCCACAGCAGCCCCCGGGACCCCGCCACAGCCCCCCGGGGCCCGAAGGCCGGAGAGGAGGAGGCCUGGGAGGAGCCCCCGGGCCUGCUGGGCCUGUCGGGCCCCCUGGUGGGCCAGCGGCUGCAGGGGGCCCUGAGCCUGCUCCUGGCCCAGCAGCUGCGGGCGCAGGGCCAGGCUGACGGGGCCAGGCCGAGGGGCCCCCACAGGCCAGGGGAGACACUGCCCUCCCCCCCCGUCGGGUCGGACUCGGAGGGGCCGGAGGGCGAGGUGGCCAGGGCAGCCCUGCCCGGGAAGCGGCACCCACGGCCCACGGGCUCCAGCAGCCCCAGGGCGAAGGAGGCCAGGACCGUGCAGGACCACGUUCCAGACAAGCCCCUGGACCUCUCGGAGUGGGGCCGGGGCCGGGACGCCCUCAAGUCCACGGGCCGGCCAGGGUCACUCAGCCCCCAAACUGCGCGCACCCCCAGUCCUGAGCCCCCCCAGGGAGCGGAGCCCCCUGCCCAGUCUGGGCCUUGGGGACACAGCAACGGCACCAAGGGGACCAGAGCACCGGAGCCGGAAGAACCUCGCACCCCCGAGGAACCCCCACAGCCUCUCCCGGGGCCCCAGCCCAGCCUGCUGUCUCCGGGUAGGCCCGGAGGUGAGUCCAGAGAGAGGCCCAAACCGUCCCCACACCCACAGAGGCCCGACGCCGGGGGCCCCCCGGAGCCCAGCAAGCCCGAGGCGCAGCCGCCGCCGGCGCCAGACGAGCCGGAGGAGCCGCACACUCCUGAUGCCUCCGACGAUGAGGGGGGACUGAGCCCCGAGGAGGCCUCGCCAAGCACACGGGCGAAGGCGGCCAGGUGCUUCUGCACCGCGGAGCCCCGGCAGGGCCGGCCCCCGAAGAGGAAGCAGGCCCCGUCCUCUGACCCGCGGGACAAAGGCCCCAAGAAGCUGUCCUGAGGCAGAAGGAACUCCAGGAAGGCCCCUGACUCGGCCGGGGGCCCGGGAGCCCCGGACCCUGAGGACGAGGGCCCCUCGUCUGGCAGCAGCGGCCGGGGGAGACCCACAGUGCUUCGGACAGGGCACCACGGCCCACCCACCUGACUGCCCGAAGCCGGGACAGCUCCCACUGCCAGCACAGCCCGGUCCAGGGGGAAGGGGCCUGGGUCCUCACGGUGGGCACGGGAGCUGGGAAGCCCGAGAGGGAGCCUUUGGGUGGUCUUUCGAACCCCUCCAUCACACUCCUCCCAAGAAUGGCCUCUGGACCUGCCAUCCCACCCUCUCCAGAGCAGGGGCUCGAAGGUGCCAGCGGCAGGGACGCUCGGGCCCCAGCCCAGCCCAGCCCUACCACCGCAGCGCACAGACACUCCCUGCUGGGCAGCGCCCUGUCACCCAGCCCCUCCUACCAGCCCAGACCCUGCUGGCCCCGCGCUCCCGGCUUCCCUUCCUCGCGGGCACCGAGGUGCAAGUGGCGGUCUUGGACGCCCCCUGGUGGCGGAGUCCCACAAACAGACUCUGGGAGUUUAGGGGGGCGGGGGGCGGUGCCUCUGCAGAGAGGGCCCCCAGGGGGCGCUGGGAGAAUGACGGUGCAAAGAAGGUGGCAUGUGUGACGAGCAAGGUAGGGGGCAGCUGGCACAGGUGACUCUCGAGUGCGUCCAGGGCCAGGGAGGUCACUCACUCCCUUACAGGAGAGCAGGAUCAAAACCAGCAGGGCGCUACAGGGACAGGGUGCCCUCUGGGGACGGUGGGGAACGGCACUGAGAAUGGGCAUCGGCCCCCACACAGCUGCUCCUCAUAGACACCCCCAGUCCCUGGCCCCGCAUCUGCCACUGAUGCUGCCGGGCAGCCCACCCAGUGCUCCACCCUCAGCCCCCAGGACUUUCUGCCCCCCCCCCAGUCCAGGACAGACACAGGACAUGGAGCGGUGACUGGCCUGGGCAAGCUGGGGCAGCAGGCCGACUCAUGGGGGCACUGCUCCCCACUUCACUCCAAGUGGCCACAGAGACUAAAUUCCCAAGAGAGUAGUCUGGGGUGGCGGGGGAGGGGGGUCCACGAGUGCCUGAAAUCUCCCAGCUGCUGAAGGUGGCAUUGAUUUUCCCAAAAUCAAAUAAAAGAACAUCCGAUUCGCAGGCCUGGGUGGUGAAGGGUUGUGGGCAAUUUGGAGGGGCGGCGGGAAAGGUAAGAGGACAGGCUGGGCACUGAGCGAGCCUCACUGUGCUGGCCAAUGAAGGUCACCAGGGGACAUGCCCGGGCGAAAGGGGGGUGAGGGUCCGAAGGGAGCGGCCGUGGAGCCGGGCCCUGACUGACGACGGUGAUGGCGAUGACCUUCAUACACCUCGCGACCCGAGGCGCGCCGCCCAUUUUCCUGGUGCCCGCAGACCAUGGCCCCGGGGCGACGGGCAGCGCGUGCAGGGGC